UUUUUUUUUUUCGAUUUCCGUCGUUUCGCUGAUAUUCUCAUUACUCGGCCUCUCUAGCAUUUGCUAUUUACUAUUUAUUAUAUUAUUAUUCUAUGUAAUCCAUAGACCUUUGUCAUAUCAUAUUUAUUUCGUAAAUUUCGUUUAAUUUGCUCAUUGUUAGUCCAAAUAAGGCACCACACGUGCGAUGAAUUGAUCGGUGUUUGGCUACUUUGCUGUGUCUUUCAUAUGCCAGUAGCGGUGCACUAUCAAGUGAACGACACACGACCACGAGAAUUACCUACAGACGAUAAUUUGGUGCGUGUUUGGAUUUGGACGUAGACGAUCACUCAGGGAGGUUCGCCAUGAUAACGACCGAAGUCUCGAAGACCGCCAUCAGCGCCGCAGCGGCCGGCAUCGCGGGCCUGUGCUUCGUUGGCUACUGCAUUUACUUCGACCGAAAGCGCCGCAGCGACCCUAACUUCAAGUCGAACCUACGCAAGAAACGGCUGCUGGCCAAGGAACACGAGCUCGCAGCGCGGGCCGCUAAGUCGGCGUUCCCGGACUUCACGGACCAGCAGGCUGUGCAGCGUUUCUUCCUGCAGGAGGUGCAGAUGGGUGAGUCGUACUUGGAACAAGGUGACGCGGUCCGAGGUGUCGAGCACUUGGCCAACGCGGUAGUGGUGUGUGGCCAGCCCACCGAGCUGCUCAACGUUCUGCAGCGCACGUUGCCCGACCCUGUGUUCGAAAUGCUCAUCAAGAAGCUGCCAGAAUUGGGCAAGAACCUGAUGCGCCGGCAACCGUCGCAGCAACAGCCACAACAACCGACACCAUCGUCUUUUGGUGGCCCGGUCAUUAGCGAGCUGGACGUGUCUGACGUCGAAUAGUGUUUUUUUUUUUUUUUUGUCGAUUAUUAAUAUGUCAUUUCGUCGUUACGAUGAUAAUAUAAUAAUGUUAUUAUGUUGUAAUGCGCGUAUGCAGUGUAUAAUAAUAUAUCGUAUAGAGACGCCACCACCAUACUGCCUAACCAUCACAAAUUCUACCCUGCGCGUUUUCGUGUAAUAUUGAAAUUUGAUUAUUUUUUUUAUUCAAUAAUAAAUUUAUUAGAUACAAAAAAAAUAUAGACUGUCGCUAUUGUAAAGAUAUUUUAUUUAUGUGUGACGACGACUGUGCAUCGGUAUUAUAAACGAUAAAUAAUAAUAGUAAUAAUAAUAAUAAUGUAAGUUUUUUUAGACUGACAACAAUUGGUUGUUUGUCGUAAGUAGUUUCACCGCCGACCACAGUUAUUCGCUGUGUUCGGAGGCGAUAACGGUAGCAGUUUAAGCACUAUUUUAGAGUGACUGUUUUUGGAUAAUCGUAUUUUUAUUAUUCGUUACGUACAAAUUAAAAUAAUGUAUAAAAUCUUA